AUGGUUGGCCAGUAUUCCAAACACAAGACCUCAGCCUUACCAGCACUUGAAUUUCAAAAUCUUAUACGCUACUCCAUCGCCUCAGAUGGCGCCUGGACAAUCACAGACGCUACGUACAACGAUUAUUUUCGUCCAAGCUGGGAAGACGUUUGGGCGGGAAGGACAGUUGACAUUGGUCCUGGAGAUAUCAAUGGCAAGACUACAGAUGAGGAUCUGUUUAUGAGGGAUCUUUUGGCUUUGCAGGCUGCGCACCACAUCUUGUCGCGCAAGUUCUGGGACGACAAGACAUUCAUCUACUCGGCCGUGUUUUAG